AUGUCAAGGCGUCGCACGCUGCGAUGCCUGUCGCAGCCAGUAGAGGAUUUCAUGCAACCGUUCGUCGACGUGUCGCCUGCGAUGUCGUCGUCGCACGGUGGUCGCUGGUUCGUCGCAGAGGGAGAAGGACGGAAUGUAUAUCGUAACAGAGAAACUAAUAAAGGGUACGUUGUUGAUUUGGUAAACGAAGCAGCCGCCUCACGUGACGCCCUCGUCCCUUUGUCGCACACUUUCGCAGCAUCGUCGCGAUCCGAAGUGGCGUCGCCUCGAAUCGUCGCACAGGGAGCGGAAUGGGCGGACGACUUCCCGCUCUCGUUUAACAGCUUCCCAGCCGCGUGGCCGAACGCGCGCCUGGAGGGGCCGGGGGGGGCGUGGGCGGUGCCCGUGUGGGUGGAAAUAGCAGCGUCGGCGGAGGGGGGAGCGGGUGGAGAUGGGGGGGGCGGGGAGGGCGGUGUGGGGGGAGGCGGAAGCGACGGCGCGGUUUCGGGGGGUGGCGGAGCGGCGGGCGCGGGUGGCGAAGGCGGAGGGGGGAGCGGGCGCGGGGACGAGGAGCUGCUGUGCCCCGACUGCCGCACGCCCCUCUCGCUCCUCUCUUUCCCCGCGCUUGCCUUCCCCCACUCCCCCUCCUCCCCGUCCGCGUCCACGCUAUCCCCGCCCAUGUCCGCGGCGGAGGCGCGCGCGAGCGGGCGCGCGGUGCUGUUCUGCCGCCAGUGCCAGCGAUUCACCGACAGGCCCGUGGCGGGGGGGACAGGGGAGGCGGAGAAUGGGCGGAAGGGGAAAGGCGAGGGGCAGCCGCAGGUGACGGCGGAAGGGCAGUGUGCAAGCGGGGGGAAGGGGGAAGGAUUGGGGAAGGGCAGGGGCGGGGGGGGCGCGAGAGUGGGGGAGUUUGUGGAGGCGGACUGGUAUGAGGCGGACUGGAAACACAUUCCCCCCGCGCCUGGCGCGGGCGCGGGGGAGAAGCGGGGAAGAGGGCAGCAGAGCGGGGGCGGGGAGGGGAAAGAGGGGCGGGAAGGGCGAGAAGGGAGGGAGGGGAGGGAGGGGCAUGUGCCUUGUUUUGGGGCGGCAGGGGGAGGGGGGGACGGCACAGAGCACAACUGGGGAGGGGCGAAUCUGGGGGAGAAUCUGCCUACUCCCAAGCAGAUCCGGGCAGCGCUGGAUGAAUUUGUGAUCGGGCAGGAUAACUCGAAAAAGGUGCUGGCAGUAGCGGUGUAUAACCACUACAAGCGCAUCUUCCUUGAAAACCAGAAGCGGGAAAGACUCGCCAACCUGCCCGAGGGGGCGUGCGAGAACCUGGUGGGGGGAGGCGAGGAGGACGAGGUGGAGGUGGAAAAGAGCAACGUGCUGCUCAUGGGUCCCACGGGGUCAGGCAAGACCCUACUGGCCAAGACUCUGGCUCGCUUUGUCAACGUGCCGUUUGCCAUUGCUGAUGCCACCACGCUCACCCAGGCGGGAUAUGUGGGGGAGGACGUGGAGAUGAUUCUUUAUAAGCUGCUCCAGAGCGCCAAUUUCAGUGUGUCAGCAGCGCAGCAGGGCAUCGUGUAUAUCGAUGAGAUCGACAAGCUCACCAAGAAGGCGGAGGGCAUAACGAGCACAAGGGACGUGUCAGGGGAGGGCGUGCAGCAGGCAUUGUUGAGAAUGCUCGAGGGCGCUGUGAUUAAUGUGCCAGAGAAAACGGGGAGGAAGAAUCCAAGAGGCGAGUUCAUACAGCUGGACACACAGAACAUUCUCUUCAUCUGCGGAGGGGCGUUCGUUGAUCUGGAAAAGACGAUUGCAGAGAGGAAGCGCAAGUCAUCAAUCGGCUUUGGGGCCCCCGUGCGAGCAUCGCUGCGCAACCGAUCGGUGCUUGACGCCCGCACUGCCGGCUCGCUGUUGCAGUUGGCAGAGAGCACGGACCUGAUAGCCUAUGGGCUCAUUCCCGAGUUUGUGGGGCGAUUUCCGGUGCUGGUGGGGCUGCAUGCUCUCACAGAGGAGCAACUCGUGCAGGUUCUCUUAAAGCCCAAGAACGCUCUCAGCAAGCAGUUUGCAAAGCUAUUGGCCAUGAACAAUGCGCGCUUGCACAUGACAGAGGGCGCGGUGAGGGCCAUUGCUCGCAGGGCAGCAGCGCGCAACACGGGGGCCAGGGGGCUGCGAUCGCUGCUGGAGGGGCUGCUCACCGAGGCUAUGUACGAGGUCCCCAGCUCUCUGGUGGAGGCAGUGGUGUUGGACGAGGCAUCGGUGGGGCACGAGGGGGAGGAGGGGGAGGACGGUCCGGUUUCCGCGGCGGAGCAAGCAGGGAAUGAGAUGGAACGGGCGGGGAGCGGGGAGGCGGGGAGGAGCGACGAUGGAUCGGAGCGCAGCGACGCGACGGGGACGCGGGGAAGGCACCUCCUCUCAGACCCUGGGCAGAAGAAAAAGAAGAGCGGAGUCACAACAGCAGAGGACGUGGACUUCUUUCUGCGCCGCCGCUUCCCCUCCUGCAAGCUGGAAUAUAUCGGCGGGCAGCCCGGGCAGGCGAAAGGAAAAGGCGAGGGAAUCGUGUGGCCCGUGUGCUCCGACCACCUGCGACCAAGAGGAGUCGUGUACUCGUUUGGAGUGGGCCCGAACCUUCUGUUUGAAGGCGAAAUGACCUUGAGAGGACAGCAGGUGUUUGUGUUUGACCCUUUCGUCAACGACACCUCCUUCUCCUCCAUGCUCAACCCCAUCAAGGGCCUCUCCCCCCGUCGCUCCCCCCAAGACACGGGAGGCAGUGGUGCUGUGCCUGCGCACGUUCAUGUGCAUGCACUCCCACCGUUGGAUCGACAUCCUACGGCUGGAUAUCGCCGGGCUGGAGCUCGACCUCUGCCAGCAGCAAUAGCAGGAGGAGGAGGUGGGGGAGGAGGGGGAUUAGGAGGAGGAGAUGCGUUCGGCACGAGUGUGGGAGACCUGACGCAACAUGGCGCCGCGGCAUUGGCCGAGAAGACCCCCGUGGGGCCCACGCCAGGGAGCGUUCCGAUUGGCCAGGUGGCGGUGAGGUUCCAUGCUGAGCUGGCGGGGAGGGACGGGGCGAAGAGGCGGCAAAAGUGUGAGGAGACGUUUGCUGCGUGGGGGCUGAAGAGAGUGCAUGUGAUGGGGGAUGGGAGCACUGUGCUGUUUGCUCGCACUGAUGCUCCUGCUGAGUUCUAA